CAAUCUCUGAUUCUUCACCAGAUCCAAGAUCACAUCAUCGCCACAUCACCCUAGCAAAUCAUCCGACCAGACACCACCAAUCAGGACGCAAAGAUGGCCUCGAUUACGAUCGCAAACCUCCCGACCGAGAUCCUGACCCAAAUCUUCGGCAACUUCUGUCUCCACUGCUGCGGGGAACACGACCAGCCCUGCGAUAUAGGGCACUUGCGUGACCCCCUAGCACAAGAGCGGGGACAGAUGCGAAGGAGCCGGUCGUGGUACUACAAGCACUACCGGCUCCCGCUGUGCGAGCUGAGCUUCGUGUCGCGGCGGUUCCGCGGCAUUGCGCAGUCGGUCCUCCACCACGAGUUUGUCCUGGGAAUUGGCGAUUCCUGGCAGGCCUCGGGCUUCCAGUGGGACAGCCGCCUCGUUCUGUUUAUGCGGACCAUGAGGCGGCGACCCGACCUGGCCAACCUCGUCAAGGUCGUCUCUGUCCACCGGCUUCUCUUCCAGUCGAUCCGCCAACACCACGCCAGCACCGCACUCGAUCAAUGCGCCAGUGCCUCGGGAAUCCCCCUGCCCGCUGCUUGGAGGCGACGCGCCGCGCGAAUCGCAGCGCUCCCCCUCGACGACAGACCACAACUCCCCGUUGACGAGUUUGCCGAGUACGCCGACUCGAUUAUGCUACAUCGACAGAGCAUGCCUACCGUAGGUGCUAUGUCCUGGCUGGCACAAGAAUUCACGCCUUACCACGAACGAAAGGAGAACUCGGUCGACGGCGAGAUGCUCGCCAUGCUGCUUUCCCAGCUGCCGAAUCUGGAGCAUCUGAUCACCCAGGAUCCCGAACGAGACAUGUCCCCACUCCCGAACGGCGCGCUCAAGGCACUCAACGUGUCCCAUCUGCCGCUCAAGACUCUCGACGUGGAUAUCCUGCCUGGCCCAAUCAUCGAAAUGGCCUCCGGCUUGGAGACACUUAACCUUCGCAACGUCGCGUUUGUGGGCACCGCGGUCCCUUCCAUGCCAAAUCUGAAGGCUCUCCGGAUGUAUGACCUUAGCAUGAGCGACUAUGAUCUCCGGGUCCUGCUCUCUGCCUGCUCCGGUGGCCUCCGUACAUUUGUUUAUGACGCGCCCCAAUACGAAGAGGGCGAAGAACACUUUCGACUUUGCCCCGCAGUCAAGCACCUUUACAGGCACAGAGACACUCUAGAGCGCUUGAACAUCGAUUUACGCGCCAACCACAACCCUAUCAGCCACGUAGACGAUUUUUCUCUUACAGACUUCACCGCUCUGAAGCAUCUGCUACUCAGCACCAAUGCAAUCAUCAUUCCCUUCAGCCAACGAAAGAACACUGAUUUCCUCGCCAACCGUCUUCCCUCUUCAAUCGUCUCAUUGUCCUUCCCAAACGUUCAGUGCGACACGAAGUUGAGCAUUUCGAAAGGGCUUUUCGGUCUUUGUGAGCGAAUGAGGCUUCAACCAUCGCAAUUUCCGAAGCUCCGACAGGUCAUUUGUGACGGACUGGCUCGAUACCCUGACAACUUACUGGAAAAUAUGUUCGAGGCAGUGGAUGUCGUGUUUCGAUACGAGCGCUGGGAGGUAGCCCGCCAUCUUUGCCGUCCCCAACAGUUUGUCGGGGAAUCCACAGUUCCGAUCCACAUCCGUUUUAACUAAUUGGCCGGGCUUCAAAUGAUCACGAAUGCGCUAUUCAGCCGAAGACCGAGCAUGCGAGUAUGACCUUGUUUUUUCAGGCGCCAGACGAUGACUUCUAACGACUUUCGGAGUUCUCAAUACGGGGCAGGUGGAUGGAUGGAAUCUCAAUUUUAAUAGAAUCCUUGAUUUAGUUUUUUUAUGCAGCUGUAUUGUUCAAUCAUUAUUUGACACGUCCUUGA